UUGUUUCGUUUCGUUUCUUUGGGUAUUGCCUCAUAUGCUUGCACAGACUGACAGGGCGACCUUUUCCAAAGCUAUUUGAGGUGCGCGCUUCUUGAUGUGUCGUGUAAUAACAGCAAGUGACACCGACUAGAAUGUUUUAGUCAGGCUGUACGUUUCCGUCACUUCAUAGGAAACGGUGUGGAAAGAUGAACCUCUUAAGGCGUAACUCCUUGGAAGUGGGGCAAGUGUUGUCUCCCCCGCCCCGCCCGUUCGCCUGGUUGCCUUUUACUUUUGCACCACACAAGGCUGGCUCCACCCCCAGGUUUAUUUUACAGGGACAGGGGGCCACUACGGGAGAAGCCACAUUGCCACCACUUGGGAGCGUCGUUUGGGCCACGACCAUUGCCAGUUAGGCAAGUACCGAUCCUUCGCUUCCGGAUUGCAAGACUUCCCUCAACAUGGUGCCUCAGGCCCUUCGCCCAGCCAUGACGUCACCUGCCAAGAAACGAGUAGGUUGUCUGAUAGUGAUUAUUCCAAAUCUACCAAAGCCUUGAUGUUUGGCUUGUGACAUCAACCCAGGAGAAUCCACAAGGAAUGGAGAAAGUCGUUCCCACUGCUUCAUCAAAACGACAGAAGGAGCAUGAGGAUGAUAGAGAAAAAACUGUGCUGAUGACCCUGGUGUCAAAUAAAGAGGAUCUUUCUGCCCUUGAGCAACUCCAAGGUGAAGAGAUAAUAGCUGCCUGUUUGAAAGAUGCAAACCCAUCUCUUGAUAGUGUGGCUCUAUCAGGAAUGUCGAAUGAAGGGAGGAGUGUUCUCAAGGAGACAAUCCCGAGUUCUUUAGAGAAAUUAGAAGCAAUGAAUAGAGAGGGGAAAGUGACUGAUGGGAUAUGUAACCGUAAAGAGGGUCCCUGCUUUUUGUCACUGUUUACUCACCAAGACGCAGAUGAUGCUUUGGAAGCCUGUGAUUUGACAGAUGAGCCUCAUCAUUCUCCUCGUGUCUCCAUCACAGGUCGGAGGAAGAAAAUUUACAGCAAGACUGAAGACUGUUUAAAAUUCAGGAAAGGCUCUUAUAAAGCAGAUUUGCGGGGAUCAACAGAUGAAAAAAGCACGACUGUUUUGUGGGACUGCUAUAACCAGGAGACAAUGGGCAGUGUCUCUAAAGAAGAAAGCACUUUAGAAAGACUCCCUGGUCUGAAGGAUUCAGUAAGCUCUCAGGAAGUAGCACCGCAAAAUCCUUCUUACCCAAAGGAGACCACUUCUGCAAUGGAAUCUAAUAUUACAAGAACUGUGCAAAUGAAUACUGGUGAGCUAGAAGGGGAGACUGAGCACUUAGACAUUGGCAAGGCGACAGCAGAAGCUUCUCCACCACUUGCUGGAGCACAAAAUAUUAGUGGAGAUGAAAGAUACCAUAGCAAUGAACCAAAGCAGCUAAAAGCCUUCAGUAAAGAGCACUUAGAAGGAGGGCAGGAGUUGGAUAAGAAGGGCUUUCAGAGGUAUGAUUGGCUUUCUGAGCACAAUGAAGGACUUUGGCCUCCUCACAGAAGCAUAAAUAAGCCAGCAGAUGUAGCAGCAAAUCUGUCUGUGAGGGGACAGUCUACACGAGAAACUGCUCUGUUGGCUCUCCCGGUAUUUAGAAAAACCUUAAAUCCUCAUUCAAGUAAAGCAAAGACUGUUGAGAGUGCACUCUUUUUCAGGAAGGGAAGGGCUUUGGACUCUGAUUUAGAUGAAGUAAGUUCUGUUAACACAACUAAGUGGGCAUUACAAAAAUCAGGGGUUCAGACAGCUAUAGACCUGGCUGUCCGUAAACAUGCUUGGAUCAAUAGUGGCAGAGAUACUAUGGAGUGUGUUCCUCUGAGGUCUGCAGAAUCUCUUUCCUGCAGCACCUGUGAUGAGACAAGGCCAUAUACAUGCAAUGCUGUGCUAGAGGAGCAGGGAAAAGAUGAUGUAGGUCAGGAAGAGGGGCCAACUGUAUACACAUGCAUUGAGUGUAGCAUUUAUUUUAAGAUGAAGGAACAUUUGAUGGAUCACAUGCUUCAGCAUAACAGGGGACUAGGGCUGGAUCAAGGCAGAGAAGGAACAGGAGAUCAGUGUCAACUAACCUGUAAUGAAUGUGGAUGGGCAUUUGGGGACACUGGUUCUUUAGAUCAGCACAGAAGACUCCACCAAGAGUCAAGAGAAAAAAUCAUUGAGGAAAUCCAGAAACUCAAUGAGUUCCCAGAUGAAGGCCGUGACGCCAGGCUGCAGUGCCCAAAAUGUGUAUUCGGAACUAACUCCUCUAAGGUGUUUGUCCAGCAUGCAAAAAUGCAUGUCAGGGAGAGGAAAGAUCAAGGCCUGAAGAAUGUGAACUUGUUUGGCAGUUCUGGUGGUAAUGAACCACGGGAUGGCUCUAUGCACAAUGUAUACAGACACUUCAGGGCUCAUGAGGAUGUACCUCACAUGGCAAAUGCGUGUAGCAGCAGCAAAAGUCAGAGCACUUGCAUGCUUUGCAACUUUCCUGCCCCAAAUGAAAAUAUUUUAAAAGAACACAUGAAAUAUGUGCAUUCCCACUUGUCCUGGAACACAGAGACUUUUGAAGGAGACAUGAACCAGCCUGGAACUAGCAGGGAUGCCUACAGCCCUAACAGAUCACGCAGAUUUUCAGAAAGUGAUUAUUUGAACAAAGCCAAUAGACCUUUUCCCCAAUCUCACUGUGAGAAUUCUUCCCAUUAUAACCCUCUCCCUGGCUUUACAGGGGGCCAACAGAGACUUAAUAAAAGUGAUAGCACUAACAAAAAAGAAAUCCCAAUGCCUGGUUUCCGGGCUAGGAAACGAGCUCCUUACAGCUCCUCAGAUAAGAUUUUGUCCACUUUUACCUCAGCAAAACCUUAUUCUCCCCAUGUUCUGACACAAAUUAGGAAUAAAAGCACAGCACUGCCAUUUGAGACUGAGAGAGAGAAUGCCAAAAGCCACUCAGGUGGGCUGGAAGAAGUCUGCCACAAAUGGUUACCCAUAAGUGAUAACAUGAGUAUGGAAGAAGAAUUCCCUUUAGCAACAGAAAUAGAGUUAACAGAAAAUAGAUACUUCCAGCCCUUUGUGAUUCCUCAACCUGCCUUGGACCUCAAGAGGACCUUCAGAGGCACUUUGAAGGCAACUGAUUAUUCAGUAGCGUCCGCCGGACAGCAGCAUCAGUUACGUCAGAUGGUUCCUAUCGUUCUUGUGGAAGAGCUGAAUCUUUAUCCCAGAAAAGUGAAACGGCCCAAGAUGAACAUGUUAAAGAAAAAGAUGUCGCCUUCUUCCCGAGAGUUUGGAAUGGAUGAGUCCCUUCCCCUAAGUGUCUUCCUAUUAGAUUCCUCUCUAGAAGGAUCAUUUGAACUGGAUGAUCUUCUGAAUGCAGAUUCGUCAAUGCUGAAGAAUGAGGAGAGGAAAUGCCCAUACUGUCCUGACAGGUUCCACAAUGGAAUUGGCCUAGCCAAUCACGUGCGGGGCCACCUGAACAGGGUGGGUGUGAGCUACAAUGUCCGUCACUUCAUCUCUGCAGAAGAAGUGAAAGCUAUUGAGCAAAAAUUUUCCUUCCAAAAGAAGAAGAAAAAAGGUAUUGCAAAUUUUGAUCCAAGUACUUUCAGUUUAAUGAGAUGUGAAUUCUGUGGGGCUGGCUUUGACACGCGUGCAGGCCUGUCCAGUCAUGCCAGGGCCCACUUGAGGGAUUUUGGUAUCACCAACUGGGAGCUUACCAUUUCACCAAUUAACAUUUUGAAGGAGCUUCUGGCCAAUUCUUCAGAAUACCCUGUGCUUCAGUCUGCACUAGGGACAGAUCCUUCAUCUCCAGAUCGAGAGAGAGAGAUGCUUGGCUUUGGACCCUGCAAAAACACAACCACCAUCUCUGAGUGCAGCAUUUCACAAUCUCCUUUCUCCCCCUUCCCUUCUUCAUGGGGAGAUGAGCCCAUGCAGUCCUUCAGAGAUGUUACGGCCUCUGAGGAGGAAGAGAUCGUUACUGCAGAUUUGGGAUCACCACCACUCCAAAAGAACAAUUCUCUGGCUGGGUCAUUAGACCAAAUUCCAAAUAGGAUAGGGGGCUCACUUUCUCCAGAACCUUCCAGCAAUAGGACAGACUCCCAGGAUGCCAAAACACCAAACCUCACGACAUGUGAGGUCUGUGGCGCCUGCUUCGAGACGCGCAAGGGCCUGUCCAGCCAUGCCCGUUCUCACUUACGUCAGCUUGGUGUGGCUGAGUCUGAGAGCAGUGGAGCCCCCAUCGACUUACUGUACGAACUGAUGAAACAGAAGGGCAAAGUGGACAGCGAUCCCAUCUCUCCAAGUCUUAGCAAAAAAUCUGCUUCUCCCAAAGAAGGGACUGCAGGGUCCUCACAGCCAACACUGCUGCCUCUCAACAAAGCUACAGAACGGUCACAAGAGCCAUCUAUAAACAAAGCAAUCAAAUCCCCACCAGGUUUCACCCCCAAGAAUGUUGUCCAGCCAGGAUCUCCCAUACUCAAGAAAGUGACACCUGCUCUGCCUGGUUCUCCUCUGCCAAAGAACCCUGAAGAUAAAAGCCCCAAGCUACCGCUCAGCCCUCUGCAAAGUUCUCCUAAAGCACAGUGGUCACAGCCGGAGGAAGAAGGCCCCUUAAAUCUAACUAUAGAUAGUGAUUCGGGCAGAGAAAUUGACUGCCAGUUAUGUGGUGCCUGGUUUGAAACCAGAAAGGGGCUGUCGAGUCACGCUAGAGCCCACCUGAGACACCUGGGAGUGAGCGAUCCAGAUGCUAAAGGAUCUCCUAUUGAUGUUUUAAAUGAGCUCAUCAAAAAUGAAGACUUCAAAGGCCGUCUUUCCUCUCUCCUUCCUAGUGAGGGAGAAUCGUUAGGGGAAAUUGGGAGCUCUAAUGGACCCAGCCCAAAGAGCACAACUACAACAGCGCCUGCCACAGGCAUGAAACAAGCACAUUCACCAAGGCCUUUGGGCAAACAGCCAUCUGUACUCUCACCUCACUCCCCUCCACCAUCUAAGAAACUGAAGCCACAUGGCCACAAGCUGUCAGCUAUGGCCAAUCUGCAGAGGAAACAGGGUCUUUCUUCCAGUGCGUACUGGGCAUCAGACGUUGAGAUGGCUCCACUCAAUCUUUCUUCUGGAGCAGAACCUGUACGCGACAUCAGGUGUGAGUUCUGUGGUGAAUAUUUUGAGAACCGGAAAGGGCUUUCCAGUCAUGCCAGGUCACAUCUGCGCCAGAUGGGAGUGACUGAGUGGUAUGUGAAUGGUUCUCCCAUUGAUACACUCCGAGAAAUCUUGAAACGGCGAGCUCAGCCCAGGACCAGUGCCUCCAGUUCUCCAGGACAGGGUCAGAAAUCUCUUGCCCCAUCUGUUCUUGGAGGUUCUCUGGAGCCCCGCAGUGCAGGGGAGGGCCACAUGUCUGUAAUCCCAAAGAAGGUGCAACCUCCAGGGAGCCCUAUGGGGCAUUCGCCUACCUCUUCACCUCCCCCAACUGCCAGAAAAAUAUUCUCGGGGCUUCCUUCUCCUUCUCUUCAUAAGAGACUGAAGCAAGACCAAUUACGAAUGGAAAUCAAGCGGGAAAUGAUGUCUGGGGGUCUUCAUAAUGAAUCACAUCUGUCUGACAGAGCUUGGUCACCACGAGAGGAGAUGUCUCCACUCAAUCUCUCCUCUCGUGCAGACCCUGUGCGAGAUAUUAGAUGUGAGUUUUGUGGAGAAUUUUUUGAGAACCGGAAGGGGCUUUCUAGCCAUGCCAGGUCUCACUUGCGCCAGAUGGGAGUGACUGAAUGGUCAGUCAAUGGCUCCCCCAUUGACACACUACGGGAAAUCAUUAAGAAAAAGAACAAGCCAUGUGUAAUAAAGAAAGAGCCAAGCACACUGAGCAUUGAGCUUCCAAAGCCCAUAGGAGAAGAUGGAGCUGGUCCAAAAUCCCCAGGGAAAAUGUUGCAGUCCAUUGCCUUGUCCCCGCUGGGCGGGAGGACUGGAAAACCAAAUGUCGGUCGGGAGGUCUCUCUAUCACCACUCAAAUCACAGGAGGCAUUCUUGGCACCACUCCCCACUAAACGCCCAUUAUCAGAUGAGCGGCUGAGUGGCCACAGUGAAGUGAAACAGAAAACCUACAUCCAGACUGAAUUGCCGUAUAAAGCCAAGCAUGUGCAUGAAAAGCCCACGCAUACAUCCAGCGAAGCCUGCUGUGAACUGUGCGGCCUCUACUUUGAGAAUCGCAAGGCGCUGGCCAGCCACGCUCGUGCACAUCUCAGACAGUUUGGCGUCACUGAAUGGUGUGUGAACGGUUCCCCCAUCGAGACUUUGAGUGAGUGGAUCAAGCAUCGCCCCCAGAAAGCUGGAGCCUAUCGCAGCUACAUCCAAGGUGGGCGGCCUUUCACUAAGAAGUUUCGCAAUGCCUCUCAUGUGCGUGACACUGAUGCCUCUGGAAAGAGGGCUCCUCUUGGCCUGCAGGCAGGCAGCCCUUCACUGGUGAGCAGAAGCCUAGGUGCAGAGAUGAUGCCCAGCGAGCCCAGCAAAGCUGUGGAUGGUGGCGGCGGUGAUGAGCGGCCUGCAGUCACAUCGCCCCUAUCGGUGGUAAAGGUGGAGGAGCAGCAGCAACACAACAUCAACAAGUUCGAACGGAGGCAGGCCAAGCCUGUUGAGGCUGCUGUACCCCGAGAAGAGGAGACCAAUGAUUUGCAGCAGAAAACAGAAGAGGUCCGCCAGCCACCUCCCAGAGUGAGACCAGUGCCCUCCUUGGUUCCUAGGCCACCCCAGACAUCUUUGGUGAAGUUUGUGGGAAACAUCUACACACUAAAAUGCAGGUUUUGUGAAGUGGAGUUCCAAGGGCCCCUCUCCAUCCAAGAGGAAUGGGUGCGGCAUCUCCAGCGCCACAUCUUGGAGACUAACUUCUCCAAGGCAGAUGGCUUACGAAGUGGAACCGAUGUGCCUACAGCACCACCUGUAGCUGAGGCUCAGUAGCAAAGCUCUUAGGAAAUACCAGCAUUCCAGGGUUUUUCCCCUUACUUUUCUAAAUGAACAAGAUUAAUGGUUGACAAAUAGGGGCAAAAGCAGUAUUUGACCUCCUGGGUUCCACAGCUUCACUUCAGAGGCCAAGAGUCUGUAGACUGACUUGGAUUUUAGUGGGUUUGGAGAAAAAUCCCAGAAUUUGAGCACUAACUGAACCAUGCUGUUUUUGUUGGAGAUGCUCCUUAUUGAUGGCAGUGGUAUUCUAGACUGGAGUUUGCUUGUUUGCAUUCUGUCUGCACAGAAGGGAGGAUGUGGAUCAAAUAAAACAGGAGUUUCUUUAUCCUUCCAGUGAACACAGGUUUCUCCAAAGACCUCCUUUCAUUACAGAGAGGAAGCAUGCACUUGCUCUGUUGCAGUUCAGAUGGUUGGGGAUGUGACGAUGAGAGUCUUGAAAAUGAGGUUCCAGUGAAAGUUGUGAACAUGAGUAUCUGUUUAAACCCAAGCAUAAAUGAGUUGGAAGCUGAAUGCAGAGCUCUUUUGCUCUGUGGGAAAGCUGUUGGUUCUGUUUGUGAUCCUAGAGUUAAUGUAUGUUUGACUCCUUAGGUAACAAGUCCUUAGUUUCUGUAGACGUUGGGUACUGUUGUGCAUGUUCAUGUCCCCUAACUUUGUCUACUGGGGUCUCAGUCCCACCGAAGUUAAAUGGGAAGCCAUGAACUCCUUGACCAUAAACAUUUCCCUAUUUGCUCAACGUCUGAUAUCAGUUGAUUAGCCCUGUCCAUUUUCAUGUGGGACCCUUUAUGUAGGGAAUCUAGCUCUGCCUAUUAAGGCAAUGAGAUUGUGGCAGAAGAACAGGAGUCUUUUCUAGCUUUAGAACUGAGCUGAAGAAUUGCUAGUGAUUUACUAGCCAUUCUUUACAGAUUUACAAACUCUGCCUGAAAACAGGAGUGACUUGUCUGUUUACCCACCUCUGGAUAAGCAAAUCCUUUCCAAGAGUACAUGAUAUGCUGGGGGCAGCAGGGUCUCUGGACUUCUUGGUAGUGGGGUUCUAAGUUUCUCCUCUCUAGCAGAACUUGGUGCGGUUCCCAAGUCAGCAACAGUAAGUCGUAUUGGAAUUUCUGCUCUCCCUGUUCUGUUGGUUACUGUUGCUGUACUCUCUCUCUCUCUUCAUAGAACCUCAACUUUUUAAACUCUAGUUUUGUGUAAAAAUGGCAAGCGUUCGUUUUUAUUUGGAACCCAGGCAGAGCAGAGCCUGGAGGGAAAUUACCUUUUAACUUUUUCAACUGGCAUAUUCUGGUUAUUAUUGUACCUAGGAAUAUGUAUACUAGAUUAAACUUCUGUUCUGGAAACAAUA